AUGCAGCCGCUGCUCGGCGAACCCGCAGCGUACGACCACCUGCUGAAGCUCCUUCUGAUAGGCGACAGCGGAGUCGGAAAAAGUUCGCUUCUUCUGCGUUUCACAGAAGACGUUUUCAACGACAAGCAGCUCUCCACAAUUGGUGUUGACUUCAAAGUCAAGCACAUGACUGUCGGUGACACGCGACUGAAGCUGGCGAUCUGGGAUACCGCGGGUCAGGAACGUUUCCGUACACUCACCUCGUCGUACUACAGAGGCGCGCAGGGAAUCAUCAUGGUUUACGACGUCAGCAAUCGACAGUCGUUCCUCGAUCUCCAGUCUUGGCUCGACGAGGUGUAUCGCUACUCCACGAAUGGCGACGCCAUUGUUAUGCUCGUCGCGAACAAAAUUGAUAAACGCACGGUGGAGGUCGAGCGCCGCGAGGGCGAGGCCUUUGCGUACCAGAAGGGCAUGCUGUUCGUCGAGACGUCCGCCAAGACUCGGCAAGGGGUGCAACACGCGUUCGAGGAACUCGUUCAAAAAAUUCUCGACACUCCGUCGUUGCUGGCAAACACCUCCGCCGCGGGAACGGCCCGGCGGCAGCUGUCGUAUGGCGGAGACGGCGACUUGGGAGCCGCUUUGUCGGGGUGCUCAUGCUGA